AUUGACGCCAGAUUGAUGACUCAAAAUCGGACGAGUGUAGUCGGCAUACACAGGAGCAGACACCGGCAAACCACGAGCAACGACACACUAUCCAAAAUGGUCAACAUCAAAUCAGUUCUAAUCGUGGAUGGAGUAGGGGCUAACUGCGAGGAGAUCCUCAAAGCGCACGGCAUCAAAGUCACCGCUAUACCCAAGAUAUCUAAGGAGGAGCUAAUCAAAGAGAUCCCGACCCACGAAGCACUGGUGGUGCGUUCAGCGUCGAAGGUGACCGCCGAGGUUCUGGCUGCCGGCAGAAGGCUGCGCGUGGUCGGCCGCGCCGGUGCCGGCUGCGACAACAUCGACAUCGACGCUGCCCAGGAACGAGGAAUUGCUGUCAUUAAUGCUCCAGGCGCGAACGCGAUGAGCGCGUGCGAGCUAACCUGCGGGCUGGCGGUGGCGUUGGCUCGUCACGUGGUGGCUGCCGGGUCGGCACUCCGGGCCGGGCGCUGGGAGAGGGCCCAGCACACCGGUACAGAGCUGUACGGCAAGACCCUGGCGGUGCUCGGCCUUGGACGAGUGGGCAGGGAGGUCGCCAAGCGCAUGCACGCUUUUGGCAUGAAGGUGAUCGGCUUCGACCCGUACGUGUCGGCAGCUCAGUGCGCCGAAUUCCACACCGAGAAGAAGGACAAGUUGCAGGAGAUCUGGCCGCUGGCGGACUACAUCACGCUCCACAUGCCCCUCAUGGACUCCACCAAAAACUUCAUCAACACUCGGUCCCUGAGUCAGUGCAAGAAGGGUGUCAAGAUCAUCAACGUCGGCCGCGGAGGUCUUAUCGACGAGAAGGAAUUUCUUGAAGCGCUGAAGAGCGGACAGGUGGGCGGCGCAGCCUUAGAUGUGUUCGAGCAGGAGCCCCCUACCAACCCCCUCACUCUGGAGAUCAUCCAGCACCCCACCGUCCUGGCCACACCACAUCUAGGUGCAUCGACGAAGGAGGCUCAGGUGCGAGUGGGACAGGAGAUAGCUGAACAGCUGGUGAACAUUGCCAAGCCAAACACCUUCGCCGUGCCGCUCGCUGAAGUGACCCGCGUACUCAACAAAUGAUCAAAUUACUAUAACAACUGCUUUUAUAUUAUUAUAAGUUUAUUUUUAUA